AUGAAGGUGACUUGUGUUCUUCUUCUGCUUGUUACCCUUGCCUGUGCCCAGAAACAGUUCCCAGAGAAGUUCUUGGGAUCGUGGACCAACUCGCACGAUGAGAACUUGGACGAGUAUCUCACAGCUAAAGGUAAGUAAGGUGAUGGCAGUCUAGGCUAGAUCUCUGAAAGAAAAGCUGAACUCGACUGAAGGCUCUUGUCUAAGUAUUGUCCUCAUCUUUUUUAAAAUUAUGUGAAAUUUUGUGUAGCUAGCUAAGCGGCUCAAAAAUUUUAUAGUCAUAAAAAUGUUACCUAUACCACGUUAAACAAUAACAUAAAAGCCCCUUUAUACAAUAUUAUUGUACUAUUUUAGGAUACGGAUGGUUCAUGAGAAAGUUGGUCCGUAUGGCUACGAUUACCAAAAUCUUUGAAAAGAACGAAGCUCCAGGAAAGUACAACUGCAAGAUCCGUUCCACCAAGAAAGACGUCGAUUGGCUUGGAUUUGAGAUGGAGAAGACCUUCGCCGCCGAAUAUUUGGAUGGCGAAACACACAACGUAGGUUACAGUAUACUAGAUUCGUCGAAAAUGAUCUUUAAAAAUAUUAAAUUAAUAGCUUGAAACUAGAAUGUAGAGAAAACAAACGUGUACACUCUAGUGUUCAUUAGGUAUCAUUUUCAGAUCACAUUUAACUAUGACACCGCCAAGGAAACCCUUUACGAGAAACACACCCCCACCGACUCUCCAGCCGGAACUGCCCCAACCAUCUACGAGUACCAGAUUGUGAACGACGAACUCAAGAUGAGGAUGGAGCACGAUGGCGUUGUUUGUUUUAGAUACUACGCCAAGAACAAGGAAGAGUGA